AUGUCGCACACAAUAACAACAGAGUAUAAUUCCUCAACCGGCAUUGUGACCACAGUCAAACGCAGGAUGACUGCAGAUUCUGUAGAUGUUCAAAUCACAAACAACGAUAUGCCCGAACCGAUGCAAGAUGAGAUUGUGAAACAGGCAGUCGAUCAAUUAGAUCAAGCGCAACCGCUGAACACAUUUCCGGAACUGAUGAAAGACUGGUUGGAUAAGAAAUACGGGCCAAGAUGGCAUUGCGUUCUGGGCAAAAACUAUUGCAGGUUGUUUUCUGGAAUUCGUCGUGGAAGGACAAUGUAUACUAAUCUACAGAACACGAUGAUUCACAGCUGA